CUUCUCUGUCCGUUGUCUCGUUCACAUGACUCUGAAGUUGUAACUGUUCUCGCCUGUUCCGUUGAGUUUCUUCGCGAUAACGAGUCAACGAAGGAGCAAUUAACCAUGGCGGCCCCAAAGACGCUGGCCGCUCGAAUCAAGCUCGCCAACGGCGAAACCAUCCCACAGAUCCAGCUGGGCCUCUACAUGAUGUCCGGGCGGGAAGCGACGACGUCGGUGCGGUGGGCGCUGGAGGCAGGGUACCGCGGGUUCGACUGCGCGCAGGUGUACCACAACGAGCGGGAGGCCGGGCGUGCGAUCCGGGGGUUCCUCGACGACAAGAAUGCCAACAAGGACGGCCUGAAGCGGGAGGAUGUGUUUUACACGACGAAGCUGGCGAGCAACAGCACUUCGUAUGAGGAGGUGCGGCGGUCGAUUCGGGGGUCGGUGGAGGUUUCGGGGCUGGGGUAUGUGGAUUUGUUCCUGCUUCACAGCCCUUAUGGGGGCAGGGAGGCGCGGUUGACGAGUUGGAGGGCGGUGGAGGAUGCGAUUGCGGAGGGGCAGGUGAGGAUGGGCGGGGUGUCGAAUUUCGGGGUCAGGCAUGUGGAGGAGUUGAUGGGCUCGGGGCCACGGAUUGGGCCGGUGGUGAAUCAGAUCGAGGUGCACCCGUUUAACACGCAGGCGGGGAUCCGGGAGACGUGCGCGAGGUUUGGGAUCGUGGUGGAGGCGUAUGCGCCGCUGGCCAGGGGGAUGAGGAUGCGGCAUCCGGUGGUUGUGGGGUUGGCGGGGAAGUAUGCGUGUUCGCCUGCGCAGUUGCUGGUGAGGUGGUCACUGCAGCAUAACUUUGUCACACUACCCAAGACAUCUCGAAAAGAGAGGUUAGACGAGAACGCCGACGUCGGGGGAUUCGAGAUCUCUGCCGAGGACAUGGUCAAAAUGGACAGGCUGGAUGAGAAUCUAGUGACGGAUUGGGAUCCGACUGAUGCACCCUGAAAAUGGCACGGGGCAGAGAAGGCUUCGGUAUCUUUCUGCUGCUUUCUAACGAGGUGUAUAAUCAAUCCAGUUGAUUCUCGUCGGCCAUCGCCGGUCUAGGCAAGGCCAUAAUAACAGGUCAUGGCCUUCGUUUUUCUUCCAUCUUGACCUUUUUGUCUUCGUUUCCCCUCCCUGGUUAGUGUGCUCAAAACGUUCGGCAUCUGUGAUUAUCAGCGUCUUAGAUACUAAGUGCAGACCCGAGUCCCC